AUGGAAGAAGGCAGCUUUGUGAUCGUUGUCGUCGUCGUCGAAGAUGUACAUAUUACUGAUGGGAUUCAGUUUAUUAAAGAGGUUGCAAAUUUUGAGGUAGCUGAUGAAGUGAGACGGAGUCAUGGAAAUGAGGAUGAUCUGUGCGAUACGAAGCCCCCGGCUUCCAAUGGAAGUUGCAUCGUUUCCCCAGCAGAAGGCAAACACAAUAUUACAAUUGACAUACUUAUUGUUGAUGUGGACUCUUCUGAUACAAGUUCUGGAAUGACUUGCCCUGCUGCUGAUUUUGUGGAAGAGUCUUUUCUAUUGACUGUGAAAAAAUCCCUUUCUGACCAAGGUCUAUUUGUUAUAAAUUUGGUCUCAAGGUCCCCAACCGUAAAAGAAUUAGUUUUUUCGAGGAUGAAAAUGGUAAGUAUUGAUCAAGGUGGUACAAAUGAAACCUCUAGAGUUUGA